AUGGAUCGUGAGAACAGCCCAAAGAGGCGGAAGAUUGAUAGCGAAGAAUAUUCGAUUGCGCCUCGCCCCAAAUUCCGCAAGCCAAAUCACCCUCGCGACUCUGCACCAUCUUCACGAGCGCAUACGCCCAGACUACACGAUCAAGGCUCCAAUGGCCACCAUGGCCCCCAGAAGCCUUUUACCGGGCCAGAACCCCUGGUUGAGGAUUUCGACUCGAUGGCGCUGGAUCGCGACUGGUACGGUGGGGAAGAAAACGGGCAUACCUUUGGCGACGACACGCACAACCCAUUCGGAGGCGCCGACAGCACCUGGCAGGACGCGCAGCGAGAGGCUGCUUUGACCGAGAAAAAGCAGAACAAUCGCGCAAGCAUGAGGGCGCAGCAGAAACAAAAGGACGUAGACGCGUGGGAGACGAAUCGGAUGCUGCAGUCUGGUGUGGCCCAACGACGAACCUUUGACGAUGACUUCGACGAUGAUGAAGAGGGCAUGCGCGUGCAUAUACUGGUCCACGACCUCAAGCCGCCAUUCUUGGAUGGCAAGACCGUCUUCACAAAACAGAUUGACCCGGUGCCCGCUGUGCGUGACCCACAGAGUGACAUGGCCGUCUUCAGUCGCCGAGGCAGUCGAGUUGUAAAGGAAAAGAGGCAGCAAAAGGAACGGCAAAAACACGCACAGGAAGCUACUAGCGCCAAGGGGACCACGCUGGGAAACAUCAUGGGCGUCAAAGAAGACGACGCGGACAGUGCCGCUCCCAUGCCCGAAGAGGAGGAGAAGCAGGGUGGAAGCAAGUUUGCACAGCAUCUGAGUAAACAAGAAGGUGCUAGCGCUUUCAGUAAGAGCAAGACGCUGAGGGAACAACGCCAAUAUCUCCCAGCUUUUGCAGUGCGAGAGGAUCUCUUGCGUGUGAUUCGCGACAACCAGGUCGUCAUUGUAGUCGGCCAGACUGGGUCUGGAAAGACGACGCAAUUGACGCAAUUUCUCUUCGAAGACGGAUACGCCAAACAUGGGCUCAUCGGUUGCACGCAACCACGUCGUGUAGCUGCCAUGAGUGUAGCCAAGCGUGUCAGUGAAGAGAUGGAGGUCAGACUAGGAGGUCAGGUUGGCUAUGCAAUUCGAUUUGAAGACUGCACCAGCAAAGAGACCAAGAUCAAGUACAUGACUGACGGUGUUCUGCUUCGAGAAUCUCUGGUUGAGCCAGAUCUUGACAAGUACUCGUGCAUCAUCAUGGACGAGGCUCACGAGAGAGCCUUGAAUACCGACGUGCUCAUGGGGCUACUGAAAAAGGUGCUUGCACGAAGAAGAGACCUCAAACUAAUAGUCACGUCAGCUACGAUGAACUCUGAGAGGUUUUCGCGAUUCUAUGGAGGGGCCCCAGAGUUCGUCAUCCCUGGACGUACAUUUCCAGUCGACAUUCAGUUUUCUCGGUCGUCGUGCGAAGACUAUGUGGAUAGCGCGGUCAAGCAAGUCCUUGCCAUCCACGUCUCCCAGGGUCCUGGCGACAUCCUAGUCUUCAUGACAGGCCAGGAGGAUAUCGAAAUCACCUGCGAGCUCGUGGCUGAAAGGCUGAAGCUCCUCAAUGACCCACCGAAGCUCAGUAUCCUACCAAUCUACAGUCAAAUGCCUGCAGAUCUCCAGGCCAAGAUUUUCGAGCGUGCAGCACCAGGUGUCCGCAAAGUCAUCGUGGCGACGAAUAUUGCAGAAACGAGUCUAACAGUCGACGGCAUCAUGUACGUUGUCGACGCCGGCUUCUCCAAACUUAAAGUCUACAAUCCCAAAAUGGGCAUGGACACGCUCCAAAUCACGCCCAUUUCCCAAGCCAAUGCCUCGCAGCGCGCCGGUCGCGCAGGCCGCACGGGUCCAGGGAAAUGCUUCCAUCUCUACACAGAACGGGCAUUUCGUGAUGAAUUCUACAUUCAGACCAUUCCUGAAAUUCAGCGCACGAAUCUGGCCAACACUGUGCUCCUGUUGAAAUCCUUGGGUGUCCGCGACCUCCUAGACUUCGACUUCAUGGACCCACCGCCACAAGACACAAUCACCACCUCCCUCUUCGACCUCUGGGCGCUCGGCGCCCUCGACAACAUCGGCAACCUCACCCAGCUCGGCCGCACAAUGACGGCCUUCCCCAUGGACCCCUCGCUCGCCAAACUCAUCAUCACUGCGGUAGACUACGGCUGCACGGAAGAAAUGCUCACCAUCGUCGCCAUGCUCUCCGUCCCCAGCGUCUUCUACCGGCCCAAGGAACGGCAAGAAGAAUCCGACGCGGCGCGCGAGAAAUUCUUCGUCCCGGAAAGCGACCACCUCACCCUGCUGCACGUUUACAGUCAAUGGAAAGUCAACGGCUACAGCGACUCGUGGUGUCUCCGCCACUUCCUCCACCCAAAGGCCCUGCGCCGCGCAAAGGAAAUCCGCGACCAAAUCAAAGACAUCAUGGACAAGCAGAAAAUGGCCCUCGUCUCCUGCGGCACCGACUGGGACGUUGUCCGCACCUGCAUCUGCAGCGGCUACUAUCACCAAGCCGCAAAAGUCAAGGGCAUCGGCGAAUACAUCAAUCUCCGCACCAGCGUCACCAUUCAACUUCACCCGACCAGCGCCCUCUACGGCCUCGGUUACCUCCCCGACUACGUCGUCUACCACGAACUCAUCCUCACGAGCAAGGAAUACAUGUCCUGCGUCACCAGCGUAGAUCCCCAUUGGCUCGCAGAUCUUGGCGCCGUCUUCUACAGUAUCAAGGAGAAGGGCUAUUCGAAGCGUGAUAAAAAGAUCGUCGAGAUUGAGUUUAAUAAGCGGGCUGAGCUCGAGGCUAAAAUGGCAAGGGAUAGGGAGGACGAGGAACGCAGACUUCGGAACGAGGAGGAAGGGGGUGUGAGCGCGGCCAAGGUGGCGAGCGUGAAGAAGGGGGGUGUGGGUGCGGAGGCAGAUGGAGAUGGUGUGGUGAAGAGGCCGGUUAAGAAGAAGUUUGGGCGUAGGUGA